CAGUUGUAGGUUGUAGUUGAAAUUACUUAGCCUAGUCACAAUAAUUUUUGUCGAGUAUUGGGUGUUGCGUGUCUACACUAUCAAAAAUCUUUGGUUAAGUACUGUUCAUUUUGACUUUUGAUUUUGGUUAGGUAAUUUUAGUGGAAGUUUUUAUUUUACAAAAUUUUCGUGAUUUCAAAUGUGACUGUAUCAUCAACAAAUCAUAUCUGAUUGAAUCUAUCAAGUUAAUAGGCAAACAGUGAAUGCCCAGUGGUACCUACAAUACGGCAUUAGCAAGCUGGAACAAUUUGUCACGGAACCAGAGAAGUUCAACAAUAUCUACAGACUCUUCUCAAUUGGAGAGAAGAUGGCCAAGAAAUCAUUUACAACCAGUUCUCAAACAUCGGCAACAGAAAGCGGUGAUGGAGAUCGCAACAGUACAAACGGAAGUGCUCUGGAUAUAAAAUCGUCUUCUCUUGGAUCUUCACCGAAUGAGAAUACAGGAUUAUCUUCAAAUCAAACUUAUUUCGCUGAUCGAAAAAUAAUCAUUCCUGAAGUUCCACAUUCUGGCUUCAGUUUCAGAAAACUAUGGGCUUUCACGGGUCCUGGUUUUCUGAUGUCCAUAGCUUACUUAGACCCUGGAAAUAUAGAAAGUGAUUUACAAAGUGGAACGGUAGCAAGCUAUAAGCUAUUAUGGAUACUUCUCAGCGCCACGCUGUUAGGGCUCCUUAUGCAGAGACUGGCGGCAAGAUUAGGUGUUGUUACUGGUUUACAUCUAGCAGAAAUGUGUUACAGACAAUACAAACGUGCGCCUCGAUUAUUGCUAUGGAUAAUGGUAGAGGUAGCUAUUAUAGGAAGUGACAUGCAGGAAGUAAUAGGUACCGCUGUUGCAAUAUAUCUACUUUCAAACAGAACGAUACCUAUUUGGGGAGGAGUUUUGAUAACCAUUGUGGAUACUUUUACAUUUUUAUUCUUGGACAAAUAUGGUCUAAGGAAGCUCGAAUCUUUUUUUGGUCUUCUGAUAACGAUAAUGGGAGUAACGUUUGGUUUUGAGUUUGUAACUUCGAAACCUAGUGGUGUAGAUUUAGUAAAGGGAAUGUUUAUCCCGUGGUGUAAAGAUUGCAACUCUAACGCUUUACUACAAGCAGUGGGUAUAGUUGGAGCCGUAAUUAUGCCACAUAAUCUUUAUUUACACUCUGCUCUUGUAAAAUCAAGAGAAGUUGAUAGAACAAAACCAGAAAAGGUUAAAGAUGCCAACAAAUAUUAUUUCAUUGAAGCAGCUAUAGCUUUAUUCGUCAGUUUCAUCAUCAACGUAUUUGUUGUUGCCGUUUUUGCUCAUGGGUUGUACAACAAAACAAAUCAAGAACUGCAUGAUUCAUGUGUCAAACAUCCGUCUAUCAACGCCUCAAUAUUUCCGGAAAAUACUGAUUUAGUAGACGCAGAUCUCUACAAAGGAGGCAUAUUCUUAGGUUGCACGUAUGGUUUGGUAGCAAUGUAUAUUUGGGCUGUUGGUAUUUUAGCAGCAGGACAAAGUUCCACAAUGACUGGUACUUAUGCUGGCCAAUUUGCAAUGGAAGGUUUUUUGAAUCUCCAGUGGGCCAGAUGGAAGAGAGUUUUAUUCACUCGAACAAUUGCAAUUGUCCCUACUUUUUGUUUAGCAUUCUUCAGUAACCUUGAAGAUCUGACAAACAUGAAUGAUACUUUAAAUGCUAUAAUGAGUCUCCAGUUGCCGUUUGCCACCAUUCCUACUAUAGCAUUUACUAGUAAUCCACUAAUCAUGGGAGCAUUUGUAAAUGGAAUAGGAAACAAAAUAGCUUCGAUAGCUCUCAGUAUCGUGGUGAUAGCAAUUAAUACCUAUCUUGUUAUAAAUACUGUGAAUGAAAUGGAACUUAGCUGGUUCCCACUUCUUAUUGUUGUAGUUUUUGGUAUUAUAUACCUUCUUUUCUGUGCAUAUUUGGUAGUACAUAUGGCAGUAUCAAUGGGAAACACUAAUUUGUUGAGGUACAAUUUCGUAAACAAAUAUGUCAUGGGGCCAGUUGAUGCAACUCUUGACAUAAAUCCUAUUAGUUAUUCUAGAUCUCAAUCAGAAUGGACAUUAGGCAAUAACUCAACCAUAGAGGAUGCAAGAUUCUGAAAAAAUAAAAUCUAACAAAUAUUUUGGGAGAUUUAGAAAUUGCUGUCUAUUUGUGUUUUAAUUUCAUUCAUUAGUAUAGGUCUAAUAUAGUUAGUCAUUAAUAAAAAGCAAUAAAUUAUGCAUGACUGGCUGGUAUUCAUAAAGUUCCUAGUACCUUAUUUUCUGGAUUUCCGUUUUAUGUAUAUAGGUGAAAUUGAAUAUUAUAUGGUGUAUAAUAACGUAACUGUAUAGUAAUUGUAAUAAAUACUCUUUAUAUUAUGAAAACUGAACAACAUUAAAUAUUGAACCCGUACAGAUAUUUUCAACAAAGUUUUUGUAGUUCUUCAACUUUUGUGUGCAUUGUAACUUUUUUACAAAGUGAUGUAAUUGGAUUUGUCACAGUAAAGAAAUUUUAAAGUA